CAGUAGAGCAGCUGCAGCUGAUGCGGUGACGCGCACAGCGCUGCGGGACGGAGGCUGAGCGCAGCAGCGGCGCGAGGAUGAGGAUGGAUUAUAACUGAUGAAGAGAGACGCGCAAUGAUGGGCAGUUCAUCACAAUAUGCGUGUUCGUGACAGCCGGGCUGAUUUAUCCACCUCUCAUGUUUAUUCAUGUGGGCUGAUGAAGUUCACCUGAUGCUGAGACGGAUCGUUUACUCAUAAGUGCACAAGAAAGUGAGCUUCCUCCAACUGAACCUCAAGGACAAACUCACGGAAUGUAAAUAUUCAUUGCAAAAUAAUCACUUUUCCAGCGUUACUAUUGAUGCCCAAACCGUCUAUAGCAAUUUUGCGCGCUUGUAGUUGAAGAAUUUUUAUUUUAUUUUUAUUUAUUCUUUUUUUUUUUAGUACAAAAUGUCAGCAGUAUUCUGAGAGGAUGGACUUAACCUAUUUAUUUUAAUCUAAAAGCAAUGUUGUGAGAGUUAUGACGCGGAAAUGUCCGUUUGACGACGACUGGAGAACGUUAUGUGUGAGUAACGGUCCGCCAAUGACGGAAAGUUGACGAACGUCGUUUUUAUUUAUUUUCUUUAGUUUUCUUUUAUUAUUCAACAAAAUAACGUGAUGCUUUUGUUAAUAAGAAACGCUUUUCUAGUCCCGACGCGACACCGCGACGCGUCGUUUAGUGUUUUCUGAGGGACAGUAGUGUGCGUUAUUCUGAGAGACAGCGUCUGGUGUGUGUUCCUCAGAGGUUCAGUGUGUGUAGUGUGUGUUCUUCUGAGGGACACAGUGGGUAUAGUGUGCGUUCUUUUGAGGGUUGAUGUUCUGCUGGCCGCUCGUGCUGCUUGUGAUGGGCUGUAUUCAGAGCAUCAGAUGCAAACCCAAGAGUUUCCGGGACAGCAUCAUGGUUCUGGAGGUGAACUCCUCCAUCGACUCGAACCCCACCAGCAUCGACGAGUCCUCCAGCGUGGUGCUGCGCUACCGCACGCCGCAUUUCCGCGCGUCCGCCAGGGUCCUGGUGCCGCCGGUGGCCGGUAAAGAGAGCUGGACGGUCGGCUGGAUCCAGGCGUGCAACCACAUGGAGUUUUACAACAAAUACGGAUCCAAAGGGAUGUCCAGCUGGGAGCUGCCGGAUCUCCGAGACGGAAAAAUCCAAGCCAUCAGCGACUCGGACGGCGUCAACUACCCCUGGUACGGCAACACCACCGAGACCUGCACCAUCGUGGGUCCCACCAAGAAGGACACCAAGUUCACCGUCAGUAUGAACGACAACUUCUACCCCAGCGUGACGUGGGGCGUCCCGGUGAGCGACAGCAAUGUACCCAUGCUCAGCAGCAUCUGGAGGGACCAGAGCUUCACCACCUGGCUGGUGGCCAUCAACCAGGCGUCGGGCGAGAUCCUGGUGCUGCAGACGGUGCGCUGGCGCAUGCGUCUGCACAUCGAGGUGGAUCCCGACAAGCCGCUGGGACAGAGAGCCAAGCUGUGCGAUCCCUUCGCGCAGGAGCAGCCGCAGGUGCAGGGGAAGAACGAAGCCAUCCCGCCCAACGCCAUGGUCAAACCCAACGCCAACGACGCUCAGGUGCUGAUGUGGCGGCCGCGGACGGGCGAGCCGGUGGUGGUCAUCCCUCCCAAACACUGAGACCAAAACUGCUCGGGAAUCACUGUGCUAAACGCCGCUGCAAAAAGAUGAAGUGGGAAUAUUGCGUCUCAGACGGACGGAAAGAGCGUCGAUUCACGCUGCCUUAAGUUUACAUUGCUUUCACUGCAAACGUUUCGCCUUAAACCGAGUACAAUGCAGUAAACCUCGCGCGUCCUACCUGUCCAUAGAUUUGCACUGGAUGUGUCCCAGUUAGUCGUGGUCUAACGGGACUGCGAUGACCGCCGCGCGUCCAUCCAAACGAGGACACAGUCAUUAUGCAUUCAGUGUUUUCAGCAGGAGCUUCAGUGUUUCAGUUUUCUGUCAACCAGCCACCUCCAGUGUGUUUUACAAUAAUAUAUCUUUUCUACUACAUGUGAUUUUGCUGUGUCGGUCAGUGUCAAGACGUCGUGGCCAAUCGAUAGAGCGAAUACGCAAACGAUCCGUUCUCCUGGUGUUUGAAUGAGAUGUGUGUGCGGGCGACAGGAGCGCUGAAAGCUGCAUCUGCUCUCAAAUCGAUCUGCUCCUCAAAUCAAACAGCAUCAGCAGAAGCUGAAGGGAGAAACGUGUCGUUCCCGAAUGAAUGCGCUGAGAAACUCGUGUCCAGGCCACAAUUCUGCACAAGAACUAGACAUUAUUUUCAUGGCAGUACUACAGAUAUGACCAUAAUGUACCUCAAAAGUUGGAAAUAAUUCCGAUUUUUAAAUGUUUUUGAAAGAAAACUCUUCUGAUGCUCACCAAGGCUGCAUUUUUUUGAUCACAAAUACAGUAAAAAAAAAGCAAAUUAAAAUGAAUUUGUGUUUUCUGUCUGCAAAUAGAGUAAAAUACUUUUUUAAUUGAAAUAGGUGAUACACUACCAUCAAAAAGAGAGAAAUUAAUACUUUUAUUCAGUAAAAUUGAUUAAACUGUUCAAAAGAUUUCUAUUUGAAAUAAAUGCUGUUCUUCUGAACUUUCUAUUCAUCUGUGAAUCCUGAAAAAUAAAAUGUAUCACGGUUUCCACAAAAAUAUUUGGCAGCACAACUGUUUUCAGAAAUGUUUCUUGAGCAGCAAUGUAAUAAAUUACAUUUGAACUGUUUUAACUACAUUUAGCUGUUCGAAGUUGUAAUAAUAUUUCACUGUUUUUACUGUAUUUUUCAAAUAAAUGCAGCCUUGGUGAGCAGAAGAGACUUCUUUCAAAAACGUUGAAAAAUCUCAGUAUAUUCCAAACUUUUGAGCAGUAGUGUGUAAAUACUUUAGCGUUUUUAUAAUAUAUUUUUUGCAUUGCAGUGUUGAAAAUUUGAGGGCGAAUUUGCUUGAUAUACAUGAAAAUGACAUUUAAGCACAAUUUUUAUCCAUUCUGCAACUCAAGAUACAACGCACUUCAGCGCUUCCAGAUGCCAUGUGUUAUUGACCCAUUGAAGGCCUUAUUACACUGAGAUGUGAUUGUGUUGAUGGACAGAUGAGCGUAUGAUGUUGUGAUUCAGUUCAGCUGUAGUCAAAUGCUGACCAGUAUUUAUAUGCAUACGUGGAUCCAACGACACAACAGACAUUGAGCUUUACGUCCAUCUUCAUCAGCACCGGACUGCUCCUCAUACAAUCAGUCCAGAGACUGUCAUGAGUGUUUCAUUUCAUCAAUCGCUUUUGGAUGCUUGAGUUACUCAUGUGUGUUUGAUCCGUUCACAUGGCGUGAGUCUGCAGGUGUGUGUGUGUGUGUGUGUUUGGACGCUUAUACACAACAUGACUAAAUAAUUUUAGUUCAGAUUUCUGAUGUUUGUACUUCCAGCAGAGUUUUAUUCGUCAUCAGAUCAAAUACAUUCGCUAUUAAAUGUUUGUGUUUA